UGGAGCCAGUACUUUCAAAGGGGAACAAUUGCUUGGAUGCAGCAAAAGCUUGUAACCUAAAUGAUACCUGCAAGAGGUUCAGAUCUGCUUACAUAACCCCCUGCACCAGCAGCACGUCUAAUGAAAUCUGUAACAAGCGGAAGUGUCAUAAGGCCCUCCGGCUAUUUUUUGACAAAGUUCCCCCAAAGCACAGCUACGGGAUGCUCUUCUGCUCCUGUCGAGACGUAGCCUGUACAGAAAGGAGACGGCAGACUAUUGUUCCUGUGUGUUCAUAUGAGGACAGGGAGAAACCAAACUGCCUGAAUUUACAAGAAUCCUGCAAGAAGAAUUACAUCUGCAGAUCUCGCCUUGCAGAUUUCUUCACAAACUGCCAGCCUGAGUCACGGUCUGUUAGUAGCUGUCUGAAGGAGAACUAUGCUGACUGCCUCCUCGCUUACUCGGGGCUUAUUGGCACAGUGAUGACACCAAACUACAUAGACUCAAACAGUCUCAGCGUUGCCCCAUGGUGUGACUGCAGCAACAGCGGUAAUGACAUAGCUGAAUGCAUGAAAUUUCUGAAUUUCUUCCAGGACAAUACAUGCCUUA